UUUGAAGGUGAGCCACACAGAACACCAUGCCGGACCUGCCCGCGAACAUCACCAAGAGCCUGAAGAAGACCACGCCUGGCAUUCAAAUAUGGCGAAUCGAGAAAAUGGUGAUGGUUCCUGUUCCUCAGAGGUCAUAUGGAAACUUUUACGAUGGGGAUUGUUACAUCCUGUUUGCAACUCACAAAAGGAGAGGCUCCUUCAACUACGACAUUCACUUCUGGGUCGGAGAGAACUCGAGCCAGGAUGAGCAGGGAGCAUCUGCCAUCUAUACGGUGCAGAUGGACGAUUACCUCGGAGGGGUGGCCAUACAGCACCGCGAGGUCCAGGGAUAUGAGUCCCAGAAGUUCAAGGGUUAUUUCAAGAAGGGCUUUAUCUACAAGAAGGGAGGUGUUGCCUCUGGAUUCCAGCAUGUGGAGACCAACACGUACAACGUGCAGAGGCUGCUUCAUGUCAAGGGGAAGAAGAAUGUCUGUGCUACUGAGGUCGAGAUGAGUUGGAAGAGUUUCAACCAAGGAGACGUCUUCCUGCUGGACUUGGGGAAGCUCAUCGUGCAGUGGAAUGCCCCACUGAGUAAUCACAUGGAACGUCUGAAGGGAAUGCAACUGGCCAAGGACAUCCGUGACCGCGAGCGAGCGGGACGGGGACAGAUCGCCGUGGUGGACGGCCAGGACGAGGCUGCCUCUCCAGAGCUGAUGAAACUCAUGAACUUCAUGCUCGGUGACAAGAAGGAGAUAAAGGCAGCGACUCCAGAUAAGGUGGUGGAUCUGGAGCAGAAGAGAGCAGUCAAACUGUACAGUGUGACCGACGCCCAGGGAAACCUGAUUGUCCACGAAGUGGCCUCUCGACCUCUGACCCAGGACUUGCUCAAGAGUGGCGAGUGCUACAUCAUAGACCAGGGCGGAGUUAAGAUCUUUGUGUGGAAGGGGAAGAACUCUUCGCAGCAUGAACGAGAGGCUGCUCUAACCAGAGCCAUAGGCUUCAUUAAAGCCAAGGGCUACAAUGCGCAUGUGAAUAUCGAGUUGGAGAAUGAGGGUGCAGAGUCCGCACUGUUCAAACAGCUCUUUCAGAAGUGGAUGGUGAAGUACCAGACUGUUGGCCUGGGCAGAACCCACAACGUUGGUAAAAUCGCCAAAGUGGAGCAACUGAAAUUUGAUGCUACUUUGAUGCACGCCAAUCCUGAGACAGCAGCUCAUGAGAUGAUGGUGGACAAUGGCUCCGGGGAAGUUGAGGAGUGGCGUGUGGAGGACCAAGAACUCGUGCCAGUUGAGAAGAGGUGGCAUGGAUUCCUUUACAGCAAGGAGUGUUACCUGAUCCUGUACACUUACCAAGUCAACAACAAAAACCGCUACAUCCUGUACAUCUGGCAGGGCAAACAUGCAAGUCAAGGAGAUAUCGCUGCCUCGGCCUUUCAGGCUGUCAUUAUUGACCAACAGUACAAUGGUGAGGCUGUACAGGUCCGAGUAACCAUGGGCAAAGAACCAAAACACUUGAUGGCCAUCUUCAAGGGGAAACUUGUAGUCUUUGAGGGAAGCAGUUCAAGGACUGAGGAUUAUGAGUCAGAGGACCUCGGCAGUCUCUUCCAGGUUUCUGCCAAGAAUGAGUACAAUACUAAAGCAUUUGAGGUCCCAGUACGCUCCUCCUCCCUCAACUCCAAUGAUGUCUUUCUGCUCAAGACCAAUAGCCAGUGCUACCUCUGGUACGGGAAGGGCUGCAGCGGUGAUGAGAGAGAAAUAGCCAAAACGGUGGCUGCCACCAUCUCCAAGAGAGACAAGCAGAAUGUAUAUGAAGGCCAGGAGCCUGCUGAAUUUUGGGUAAUCCUCGGAGGAAAAGGACCAUACGCCAGCAGUAAGAGGUUACAAGAUGAGUACCAGGAUGUCAGUCCCCGCCUCUUUGAAUGCUCCAAUCAGACGGGGCGCUUCAUUGCCACGGAAAUCACUGACUUCACUCAGGAUGACCUUGAUGAUGAUGAUGUCAUGCUUCUGGACACCUGGGAUCAGAUUUUCCUGUGGAUUGGUAAUGAGGCCAAUGAAACAGAGAAGAAAAACUCAAUUACACUUGCACAGGAAUAUCUCAGCACCCACCCGAGCAACCGAGACCUUGGAACCCCCAUACUCAUUAUCAAACAAGGCUUUGAGCCCCCAACAUUCACUGGAUGGUUCAUGGGAUGGGACCAGCACCUUUGGACUGAUGGAAAAUACGAGGAGCUGAAGAGCGGACUAGAUGAUACGCGAAUUGUUGAUGAACUGAUGAAUGACGUGAAAGAAAUGAAAAUAUCUUACAGCUAUGGUAGCACGUCCGUGGCUAACGAAUCCCAGCAGACUUAUGCACCAGAGCAGCUGAUAAACAAGGUCGCUGAGGAGCUGCCUCCCGGAGUAGACCCAACCAAAAAGGAGGAGUACCUAUCCGAUGCUGACUUUGAGAAGGUUUUUGAAGUGUCGCGGAUAAAAUUCAAUGCGAUGCCAGAGUGGAAGCAGAAGAACCUGAAGAAAGCAAAGGGAUUGUUUUAAGCACACAACCUGCCCAGCAGGCCCAUCUGGAACUGAUGCAAUUUUUUGUUAUAUAAACUAAAUAAUUCUGAGGUGUUGAUUAUCAACCUUUGUAAAGAGCAAAGCACUCCUGCCAAAUCCAUUGGUACAUGUAAGUCACUGUGAGCGAAUUUUGGUCUUAGCAGAAAUGUCUGCGACAGUGAAGUGACCAACCAUUCAGCCUCUUUGAGAUCCAAGUUGAUAACAAGCUGCAAUUCCCAAUUACAGUUCAAAGUAUUAUCAAAAUGUGCAUAUGAGUCAUUUUCUUGUGGGCAUUCAUAGUACAGUGGAUGCAAUGAAAAACUACACCGACAAACAGCCAAUGUACAAAAGAAGACAAACUGUGCGAAUACAAAAAAAACAUAAGCACACAGAUAAACAAACAAACAAAUAGAAUUAAAAAUAUGAGUUGUAGAGUCCUUGAAAGUGAGUCCACAGGUUGAAGAAUCAAUCAGUGUUGAGGUGAGUGAACAGUUCAUUGGAGCCACAAGAGUGGCUCUCUAGUGAACCCAUAUCAGAAUCAGGUUUAUUAUCACUGACCUAUGUCAUGAAAUUUGUUGUACUGUAGCAGCAGUACAGUGCAAUACAUAAAUUAUUCUGUAAAUUACAAUAAGAAAUUGUGCAAAAUGAGAGCCAAAUUAGUGAGGUCAUGUUCAAGGGUUCAUUGUCCAUUCAGGAAUCUGAUGCCAGAGGGGAAGAAGCUGUCCCUGAAACAUUGAGUGUGGGUCUCCAGGCUCCUGUACCUCCUCCUUGAUGGUGGGUAGUAAUGAGAUGUGGGCAUGACCUGUUGAGGGUCUUUAAUGAUGGAUGUUGCCGUCUUUAGGCAGAACUGAAGCCUGCUAUUAGUGGAGCACCAAGUUAAAGUAUUUAAUGCAUAAACCUGUCCCAAAGCUUUUACUGAUGUGCAUUUUCAAACUAUGGCAAUAUAAUUGUCAGCUCAAAAGUUCAAUGUAAAUUUAUCAUCAAAAUUAGCAUUUGAGAUUCAUUUUCUUGCAGGCAUUUACAGGAAAAUAAGUACAAUAGAAUUUCUGAAGAGCUAUAAAUAAAGACUGACCAACAACCAAUAUGCAAAAGGGGACAAAUUGGGCAAAUAAUUUAAAAAGUAAAUAAGUAACACUAAAUUGUGGAGUCCGGGAAAGUGAGUCGAUAGGUUGUGGAGUCAGUUUGGCAUUGAGGUGAGUGAAGGUAUCCAUGCUGGUUCAGGAGCCUGAUGGUUGGAGGGUAAUAACUGUUCCUGAAGCUGGUGGUGUGAGACCCAAGACGCCUGUAGCUCCUGCCCGAUGGCAGCAGUGAGAAGAGAGCAUGGCCUGGGUGAUGGGGUCCUUGAUGAUGGAUGCUGCUUUCUUGUGGCAGUACUCCUUGUCAAUGUGCUUAAUGGUGGGAGGGCUUUGCUGAUGAUUAGGAAAAAAUAGCUGUAGAUUCCCAGAGUUUAACACAUGCUCCCAUUUUAUCUGCAAUCAGUCAAGUAAAAUAUAUGAAAAUUGGGGUCCUAGUUAACUUGCUGAAUGUACAACCACUGCCAGUGGCAGUUUCAGAAAAGGGCUUUAAAACUGCAACUAUUGUGACAGUUACACUCAAUGCUAGGUUAGAAAGAAUACAAUCCAGUUAACUAAGAGAUGUUCCUACCCUUUUGAUAAAACAUUGCGGAAUCACUGAACACGUCCAUGAAUUUCAAUUUCUCACUCCUCCCCCUCUCUUUUUCCAUUCCCCAUUCCAACUCCCCUCUUAUCCUUUCUCUUCUUCUCAUCUUACACUGUCUACUGGCGUUGUAUUUUCUCUAACUGUAGCACUUUAUUCUGAAUAUCGAUUUCUCUAAGUUCUGGUAAUUUCUUUCCCCCCCCCCCCGCUCUCUUUUUCUAUUUCCCAUUCUGGCUCCCUACUCACCUCUUCUCUUCUCCUUAUCUGCCUAUCACUUCUCUCUGAUGCCCCUCCUCCUUCCCUUUCUCCCAUGGUCCACUCUCCUCUCCCAUCAAAAUCCUUCUUCUUCAGCCCUAUCCACCUUCCACCUAUCACCUCCCAGCUUCUUAUUUCAGUCCCUCCUCACCUGCCAGUUUGUAACCCUCCCCUCCUUCUUAUUCUGGCUUCUGCAACUUCCUUCACAGUCCUGUUGCAUCGUCAGCUCUUCAUUCCCUUUCAUAGAUGCUGCCCGACCUGCUGAGUUCUUUCAGUACUUUGUGUUACUUUCAGUGUUAGAUGUCUUUCAACACACUGUUGUAGUGUGGACAACUCAUGGACUACUGCCACUCAUCUAGCUCCUUUUUAAUGGCUAAAUAGUGUUUGAAAUUGAGAUCAAUGUCUCAUCUGAGAGUGAAAGCAAGUUUAAUUGUACAAUAGCCAGUGAAAAAUUUUCUGCAUCAGUCCAACCUUUGAAUAGAGUAUUUAGAAGAAGUGUUGAUUGUAAAAGCUUUCUGUGUGCCCGAUGAAUUGUU